AUGUCGCCCGUGAUACCCUACACGUACAUCCAAUGUCCGUGUUCCGAUAUCUCACCCGACCUGCCACAAACGCCUCAAACACAAUCCUCCGACGAGCGAACCUUUGACCCCCGCGAUCCUCGUGCAAACUACAGCCUCUAUCCCCUCGAGUACCUCCUCUACUGCGAAGACUGUCAGCAGAUUCGCUGCCCGCGAUGCGUCAACGAAGAAGUCGUUACUUAUUACUGCCCCAAUUGUCUCUUUGAGGUUCCCAGCAGUAACUUGCGGAGCGAGGGUAACAGAUGCACUCGAAGCUGCUACCAAUGUCCUGUGUGUAUUGGACCUCUACAGGUUAUGGCCUUGGCACCUACGGAUGCAUCACAGUUGGGUACAGAUCCCUCGUCGCAUCACGGCGGCCCGUAUGCUCUGUACUGCCAGUACUGUAACUGGACCUCCACCGAGAUAGGCAUCGACUUCGACCGGCCCAGCGGUAUACACUCACAGCUUUCCAAGAUCAACAACGGCGGUGAUCUCAAGCUCACAGCAAGAGAAUUUAAGGAGCGCCGCAAGGAGAACCCAGAGGAGCCACCCCCCGCCGACAGCGACGUCGAUACAGACCUGCAGUAUGCCAAUCUGAAGUCAUUCUACCAGACACAGCUGGCAGACACCAAUGCUUCUCUGGGCGGUGCGUCGAUGCUCAACGAAAAUGUUGGAUUUGGUUCACCUGCUGCGUUGACUCGCAUCAUGGCUAUGUAUACCGGGCACGGCCAUACCCGUAAGCGCAACGGUCCUUCAGAUGUGAUGCGUGAGGCUCUUACGACAGAGGAAGGACUCAAGGUGGCCGACCUGGAUGAAUCCGUGCAGAUCAAGAAACUGCAUCAAGAGGGGUGGGACACGACGGCCUCUAUUGAGCAGAACCUCCAACAAGCAGAGGGCCAGAGAUUCCAGGACGGUUUACGGCCUAUACCAUACCUCCUCCGGACAAAGCGCUCCAAGCGUUGCUCUGUAUGCCGACACAUCAUCUCCAAGCCUGAGAACAAGGUCACGUCAACACGAUUCAAGAUCAAGCUCGUUGCAAAAUCUUAUAUCCCUACCAUUACCAUCAAACCUCUCAACCCUACGGUCGGCCCUGUUCCUACCACACAGCGUCCUCAGCUGCAAGAAGAGCGCUCUCUCAAGCCUCUCACUCCGUAUCACUACAUCAUAACCUUCAAGAACCCCUUGUUCGACGGUAUCAAGGUCACACUGGCCACGCCAAACAGCACGCCUGGCAGGUUCUCCAGCAAAGUCACCAUCCUGUGUCCACAGUUUGACGUCGAUGCCAACACGGAUAUGUGGGACGAUGCUCUGAAAGACGACGACCGGGACAAGAAGCGCAAAGGUGAAGAGAGCAGUGGCCAGCCCGAAGCCGGUAAGAUUUGGGAGCGGGGGCGCAAUUGGGUCAGCAUCAUCUUGGAGGUGGUUCCCGCAUCACUCGGACUUGACCACCAGACGGAUAAGAGCCCACUGAAGGAAGACGAGGAUAUCCUGGAGAUACCCAUGUUUGUGAGGAUGGAGUGGGAGCCAGACUCCCAGCAAGAUGUCGGCACGACAUCUGCCAAGGAAAAGGAUACUCAGGAGAGGCGAGAGCUAGCUUAUUGGUGUGUGUUAGGAGUUGGCCGCAUCAGUCACGAAUAA